AUGGCGUCCAAACUACUCGUCAACUUCACCUUUCUCUCUUCCCUGCUCAACUUCACACUCUCCAAGCCCUUCCAGCCUCAUUCUCAAUGGCGAAACAUGUCAGACAUCGCUACAUUCCCUCGACAGGAACACACCGGUCUCUUCCUCGAGCCCGACACGGUCGCAAUCUUUGGCGGCAUCAUCGCAAACAGCAGCGCGGCGCCCAUCCCCUUCACCACGGUUGACAUUGUCCAAUUCUACUCCAUCAAGUCCGACACCUGGCGCACCGUAGCCCCGCUCCCGCGGGCAAUGAACCACGUCAACGUCGCCACCGUCGGCGGCAAAAUCUACGCCUUUGGCGGGCUUGACGAUGGCGGUGCGGACCAGAUGGUUCUGAGAGCCGUCCCGGAUUCUUACGUCUACGAUGUCGGAACCAACUUCUGGAAGCCGUUGCCACCACUACCCGACGAGCCGAGGGGCAUGGCGGCCAUGGGCGUGCAUGAGGGCAAGAUAUUCCUCGCGGGCGGGUUCACGGCGUUGGGCAUGCGCGGGCAAGGUCCGCAUGCCUCUGUCGCCAACGUGUCCAUCUUUGAUACAGUCUCCUCUAAGUGGCUUCCUGUCCCUGACAAAGCGAAGCUGAUUCCGGGUCCGCGCGACCACGCCGGGUACGCCGUUGUCGACGGGAAGAUGUACGUCGUCGGUGGCUUCGAUCACGGCGCGCCGAACCCGAGAGGUACCGUCUUCAUUCUCGACUUGUCGAACCUCGAAAAAGGCUGGGAAACAAGCAAGGCGCUGAUGCCGAGGCCGCGGGGUGGUUUCGCGUUUGGGGUCGCGGGCGGGAAGUUGUACACAUUUGGCGGAGAGGGUAACCCUGACGUUGAGAGCGGCGUUUACAACGAGACGGAAGCUUAUGACUUUGCUUCUGAUACGUGGGAGCGGCUGAAGCCGAUGCCAUUGCCCAGGCACAGUGCUCCAGGCAUCGCUGUUGGUGGCAAGAUUUACAUUCCCGGCGGUGGAACCACAGCUGGCGGAGCGCCUACGAGCCACUUUGAUGUGUUUCUCCCAUGA